AUGCCGGUCCAUUUUGACCUUCCGGAAGCGGCCCCUCGAGAUGAAAAUGACGAAGAUGACACGGUCAAGAUGAUGUCCGAAUCACAACAUAUUGGCUCGACAUCCAUGUCCCAAUCACUGGUUGGAUCGACGUCCAUUCCUCAAAUUCCCGAUUUUCAAUUCUUGAUGAUGAGUCACCAAGACGGUCCUUUGAGCCGAUGGGUAUCCCGCACCCUCCAACGAACCGUCUUGAAGCCCCAGUACUACCUUCGUCGUCAGCUCUUCCUAUCGUUUGGAACGACUGCCUUUUUGGCCAUUUCCUUUUUCAUUUUGAUUGGAAUUUUGACGGCGAUUUGGUCGGGACAGUCCGUCAUGGGAGAAGCACGCUUGGUACAAGAGGAUUUGGCCCGCUACACACUCUCCACUUCGGCGAGAUAUGUAGCCGAGACAAUAACCAAAAAGUUUCAAAACUUUGAAACCGCAUCCGAUAUACUGAGGGAAGCGACACGAGAUCGGGUCGUCGGAUACAAGCGACCCGAUUUUAUCACGCACAAUCGAAGCGACAGUCAUGUGCCCUUUGAAGAUUGGGAAACGGGGCAAAGAGCCUAUCCAUUGGACACACCUGAUUUACUCCAAUUGGAUUGGCAGUCCAGAUCCAAUUUUGAAACUCCACAAGAAGCAGCACGCCACUUGCAAGGACGAGAGCGGUGGUACAAUCCAGAACUCCAAGUCUCCACAGCUUAUGGAGUCUACUUUAUGCAAGGUGAUUGUGAUCCCAUGGCAUCUCCUGGUGAUCCUGGGUACUACCCCUCUUGUACAGACGAUAACAACAACUUACAAACCGGUGGAGUGGUGGCUCCCACUCGAGCCAAUUACUUUCUGCACCAAAAAGCAAAAGAUAUUGUCUUUGUCCUCAAGGCACUUUUUGAAGCCGUCCCCAAAGCCAAACAGAUUGGGGUCUACUUUGCCAAUGCCGGUGCUGGUAGUUAUGUCAAGUUUCCAGCAUCCAUGCGAGACUCUCGCUCCAAUUUUUCGAGUGUCGGAUGCGGUUGGGCUACAAAUCUCACCAAUCCAUUGACAGGUCGAUUGCUCCUGGCGGCAUCUGAACAAGCGCGUUGCCAUGACGUUGUGGUUGUUAAUAAGAAUGAGACAACAGGCAACAAUACUAAUACCACCGUCAACAGAUUUCCGUCUCGGGAGUACAACGCCCUCGAACGACCCUGGUGCAUUCGUCAAGCCAAAGCCACACCGGGCCACGCCGUCUCGACAGGACCGUAUUUGGAUGCCGCAUCGGGACAGGGACAAUUGUGGAUCAUGACUUUUGGGCAUGCCGUAUACGAUUUAAUGUCCAAGGAAUUCAUUGGAUGUACAUUGGUGGAUGUCUCGGUCGAUGAUUUGCAAGAAACAUUGGAUCUCUUUCAAUUGGGAAACACAUCGUCCGUCGCUCUGAUUCGCUGGGACGAAGAUCAAGACAUUACGGAAGGUGAAGCGGGGACUGUGAUUUCGUGUGGAGGACAGUGUCAGUACGACAAGGAGCGAAGUGAGGCCUAUCAUAUUACGAAUUUCCCACAGUAUUUUGGGAUUGAUGAUGCACUGUUUGAGGAGAUGCAAAACUUGGUCGAUUAUGAGCAAGUAUGGGACCCCAAACAAGUCAAGAGUCUGUACAAAGAAACGCUCUACACCAAGAAUGGAAGACUCAUCAUGAUGUAUCCAGUGCCAUAUGUUCCUUCGGAAUACGAUCCCAACUACUCACCCAACUUUAUGGUAGUCAUGAGUAUCACCGAGGAAGAAAUCUACGGGGAAAGCAACGACAUGAACGCAGUGAUUCGGAACGACAUUACGGGAGCCAUUUGGCAAGUCUCCUUGGUCGGUCUCUCGGGUCUGAUCAUCAUCUUUCUAUUUUUAACGUGGAUCAGUUCCACCUUGACCAAGCCGUUGAUGUGGAUGCAAGAAACCACAGCUCAAGUCAUCAACAAUGCUGGGGGAGACGAUCUGGCGGCGGGGACGAGAAGUACAGCCGCUGGAAUGGCGCGGUGUAGUCCUCGGACCGAGGUGACAGUGCUGCUGUCAGAGUUUGAAAUGAUGAUGGAUGGAUUCAGUGGCAAGGGCGCGGCCGAGAUUGCCGAUUCCAAGUGUUCCGAAGUCGAAAACAAAUUCCAAUGGCGAGAAACCUAUCAAGUGUUGUAUCCAUUCAACUUUCGUACUGGUGGAAUGACGGUCGAGAGCGACGACGACGUUGAUGAUCGCGGUCGAGAGGGAACUAUAAUUGACACAGCAUCAGUGCGAACAGACGCUACCUUUUUGUCUGGUUUGACCGAGUACACCAUUGUGCAAGCAAUUACCAAACCCUAUACGCGAUUCUCCAAUUCAUUGUCAGAGACAAUGUCCAACGUUGCCACAGCUAGCUACACCGCUGGCGUUGAGAAGCUUCCUGGGUGGGCUCAACGCAUGCUCUUGAAGGAUGACGAAGACGAUGAUAUGCCGGACUACGUUGUCUCGCCACCGAAGGUGAACUAUGGGCCCAAUAUGAGGUCCUCGACAUCAGGGAACGAUGAUGCGAGGCGUUUUGUGGAAGUAUCGAGUUCGUCACGUGUGUUUUGGUGGGUGACCUGUGUCAUUGGAGUCCCCAUGCUACUGACAGCCAGUGUUGUGGUCUCGUUGAAUGAAGUCUGGAUCAGAGACAACUUGGAAAUUUGGAUGCGCGACGUGAAGUAUUCCUCCUUUAAGCUGGAGCAAGAUGCUAUCGUAACAGCUACCCUUUCCAGAGCGGUGUUUGGUGAAGAAGUGAUGGCUCGUUUCAUGCGUGACUUGCAUCUAGUUUCGCGAACUGCGGGGUGGCUUUUGUUCGGGGCUUUGAAUAGGUCAGCAACCUUGACUUUGAUGCGGGCGGGAUCAGAGGAAUGCAAGCAUUAUGAUCCCAACGACAGCCCAAUAUGCCCCUGGAGGGAGACUGAAAUUCCUUGCGACUGUGGCUGGAAUGACAACUAUGCAAGCGAGGGUCAGUGCACAGAUAUCCUGGAAGUGGAAGGGGUUGACCCAAGAUACCAACAGUCCUAUGUGGUAGGAGGGCAGAAGACAGACAUCGAGCCAACCACCGGCAAUCGGUAUCCAGAUUUGAACCGCUCUAUCAUUCGAUAUCCAAACCUUACUGCAUGGUGGGAUGCCCCUAGCGAAAUGGUGGGGUCGUAUAAGGGAGCUUCAGCUUCAGGUUACGAGACUACUUACGAUCGCGUUCGAGUUUUGUCUGCUUUGGCAGCAAUAUCGAUGCCAUUGUAUAACUACAACCCUGGUAAGGGAGAGACUGUGAACUUGGGUUCUUGGGUUGGUUUGCAGGCUGACGGCAUGCUGCUUGGAUACGCCGGAUGUGACGGCUCAACUGCGGAGAACGCAUUCUUUCUAUCAAGUGUGAACAACAACGCUUUUAAAAUCGCACCGGGGUUGUGCCCGGAAGGAUCGUAUGGUUAUGAUUGCCGCUGUAGAGAUUGGUUUGUCAGGCCAAAUGAGACAGGUCUCUACAUCACCCCGCCCUAUGUGUUUGCAGGCUCUGGCAAGGUUGGGACAAGCGCCGCCGUUUCGAUCAAACAUCCCGAUACUGAAGAAUUGAUCGCCGUGGCGGACGUUGACUUUCUGCCAGAAGCAUUCACCAGUGCCCUUGGACCGGACAACACAAUUGUGGGUGAGGGGGACUCGGGGUUUCCUUUCGUAAUAACACCUGAGGAAGACGUCUCCGGGGGCAACACGAUCUUCGGACCAAACUACAAUUUGAGCCAGGGUUCUAGACACAUCCUCAAUGUGACCAUGCCAGAAGACGGGAAGGGGACCGAGAAUCGUCGAAAAUUUGCCGAGACAGUACAGAAAAUGGAGGAAGGCCAGACUGGAACCGCGUCAUUUGUUCGAAUGUAUGAUGGAGAAGAGCAUAUCGUUUUCCUAGCGUACGCCCCGGUAUACGUUAGGUUGAUGAGACCCCUUGACCACCGCGACUUUGCGGCACCUGUCAACGUUACUGCCAGGCUCGUCUAUUCUCUCGGAAUUGCCGUUGAUGUAUCUGACCUCUAUUUAAGAUUCGUUGCCGUCGAGGGAAGGGUUGACGCUCAAUUGAAGCUUGCAAGAGGCUUCUCAAUUGCUGCCAUGGUUGUCAUUGCAGUCAGCUUUACCAUACUCACUUACUACAUCUCAUUAAAUGUUGUGAGACCGAUCAUUGCGCUUACAAAGAUCUGCAAGAGUAUCAAAGACAAGAGCCUUCGUGAUGACAUACCAGAUGUCGAAGGAGGGAGCAAGGAGGUUUCCUUCGUCCAUGAGUCAUUUCAGCAAUUGAUGAAAGUGGUUCGCUUUGCCAACACAGCCUUUUUUGCUGGCGAUCGCACACAAUCAUGCCACGCUAUGGAAGAUGCCCUCGCUCUGUUCAUGAAGCUUGGCAAUCAAAAGGCGAUUGGUGUGGCAAACAAUAAUCUGGGGACGAUGGUGCUGCAGGAACAAAUGGAGAGUCACGGCACUGAUAGAUUGUUCGACAAUAGUAUGUUUGGAAUUUGCAUUUCUGAAAUCUACGCUGUGGGCAUAAGCUACUUUGACGAGGCGAUUCGUCACGGUUCCUUUGAAUACGAGAUCAGCAAAGACACUGAUGACCAAGGUUCCUACGCGAAACAGCUUGCGAAUAGGUACUUCAACCGAGGGAUGUUUCUGGUGGUUGUCCGUCAUCAUCCGCUUUGUCCCAGCUGGAUCCAAGAAGACGGUGUAAGUGACAUUCUUCGUGCCAAAGACCUUGAUUUAGAGGUUCUUCAGUUUCUUCACCAGUACGAGAUCUUUGAGGAACAGGAAGUGGAUGAAUUUGAGCGAAUCUUGCGCCGUUCUCGAGGUCUGCUCUCUUUAAUGCGCAACUAUGAAUUUCAGGACCCUUGGGGCGUUGACAAACUGAUUCAACAAGCUCAAACCCUCCUGGACGAAGCCAGUUUCAAAUCCAACUUGUUCAAGAGCAUGAACCGUGUUGGUAGAACCCAACAGAUCGACGACCUUCGCAUGCAACGGGCGUUCUAUCAAGGGGAUCACUACACAGCUGCAAAGAUAGCCAUGAGGAUGCUUGUCGAAGAUGAAUUCGUCAUUGACACUUGCUGUGUCAACGCAUCGCAGUUCGUUAGUCAAUACUUCAAGAUUGAAGGAAUUAAGAUUCCCACUAUCAACGCAACACAGUACCUCAACAGAGAGACUCGCAAAGCACAGGUAAAUGUCCUUCGUGAGGCCAAGAAUGUUUUCUUCUGUCUGGACUAUAGUGGGAGCAUGGCGGGUGAGCGAAUGGAAAGGGCAAACAAGAACCUUUUGUGGGUGUACCACGAACAUUGCUCCGACAAAGAUAUGGUUGGAUUUAUUCGCUUCAACCAUGACAUUGACGACAAGCUGUGGUUUCCGCUCGGGAAGAAGGGUAACUGGGGGGAGGUUCAAGAAGCAGUUCUUUCUCUGGCUACGGAUGCGGAAGGGGGAAGCCGUCUGUAUGCCGCCUUGAAUAGGUGCAUCACGCUUAUAGUAAAUGGUACAGAGAUCAAGAAUGAUACCUGGAUCGUUGCAUUGACAGACGGAGAAUCCUCGUGGGAUCACCCGGCAAAGCGAGUAGUGGAGCGAAUCAAGAAAUGCAACAAGCAACGCAGUUCCAAAAUCCAUGUCAUCAUUAUUGGUUUUGAAGUGCCGGAUUCUGUGGUUAGAACCUGCGAACUGGUUACAAGUGCGACAGACAAAUCCUUGUAUGUGGAUGCGAGGGGAGGACUAGACGAAAUGGACAAGGCAUUCGAGCAGGUUGUUAAUAUAUGUUCUUCUGGCCUCCAUCGUUGA